UCUUAAUGAAGAGGGGGUAUUGUAUUUUGUAGUGAACUUUAUUUUUCCCAUUGUCUAAAAGUCCGGGCCAAAACCAUGUCAGUAUCGGAAUCUCAAAAUAAUUUUAUCGACAUUGUCAUUAACCUUCUAUCAGGAUACGAUGAGCUCAAUCAACAACUACGACGAACACCGCGAUCACAAACAGGAAACAAGAUCCUAACCCCCGAAGAAUUUAUUAAAACUCAUUUUUGUGAAAAACGAUUGUUUGUUGAUAACAUGCAAGAGAAAUGUGUAACAAUAUUUUUUGAAAUUUGUUCGUUACGCCCGUUCUUGGAUGAGUUUGUCAAAGGAGAUCUAUUACCUUCUACGCCAGCUGGGUUAGUACAUAUUUAUCUUUUAUUGUUCUAUGUAUCUCCGUCAAAUCUGGACCGGAUUGUUGCAAGCCUCUCUAAUCAUUUCGAUAAGAAAACUGUUGAGAAUAUUUUAGUGUAUCUUACAAGUAGUGAAGUGAAGAAAAUGACGUUGGAAAAGUGCUCAUCAGCUUUCUCUAACGAAUAUCAACAAGGAAGCAUACUUAAAGAGAUCGAGGAAAGAGCUGACAUGCUCCAACAAAUUCUUGAAAGGCUAAGGGCGAGCGGCUCUCGUGUUAAUCAAAUAUGUGGAUUGGAUCUCGAAGAAGCGCAUCAGAUGUUACUAGCCUACAACGACGACAAGUCGUCUCAAACAGUUAAUCUGGAGAAUACAAGUUGGUCACCUAGAAACUCAGUACGUCCGCAACCUUGCAGUAUGAAAACAAAAUAUUCCGAAGAUUCAUUUCGAAGUAGUAGCGAUUCAAGAAAGCUUGCCCUUGAUCUAUCCCUUCCACUAGGUCACCAGCCUGAAAUAAAACGAGCGAGGACACUAAAAAAAAUUGAAGAGGAGCAACUUUCUAUAAUAAGUUCUCCACGUCCCUUAACAACUCGGCGGUCUCGAGCACCUCCUGAGAUUAAGAAAACCACGGCUCAAGUUCUUAGAGAAGGAGCAAGAGUUCAGAAAAAGGCUGAGGAGGCUGAAAAAGUUCUUAGGGAUCUUUGUAACGGGUCAACUGAUCCUUUCAUAUCAGCGAAACUAUUGGAAGAGGUACGUGAAGAAGAAAAUGCUAUGGAACUACGAGAGAUCGAGAGAAAACACCUUCUAGGACUUCUUAGUCGUGAAGAAGCUAGAAUUGCCAAAUCUGCUGCAAUCAAAGCGAAUCGAAUGAAAGCCUUGGAAUUGAAACAACAAAGCCAGGAACUGGAGCGACAACUUCAAGAAUGGCGUCGUCUUGAAAUGAUUCGCAUGAGGGAGAUUGCCGAGCGCAAUCAAUGCAGCAUGGAGCAAGCAAGGCUCGCUCAGGUAAACCUCCUGAACAAGCGCAAGAUGACAGCAAAACAAAUCCAGGAAGAGUCUCGUGAGCUUCAACGACGAAUCGAAGAUCAAAGGAAGCGUGAACUGGAUCAAAAAAUCUCCCUAAUUCGUCAGAUCAAAGAACUGGAGCACCUAUCGAAAUCCGGUCCAAAUGUAUGUGACAAUCGUGGUCAGGGCACUAGCAUAGGGGUAAGUUGUCAAAUGUCUGUUAUUCAGCUCAAAGAGGCCCUCGCUCAAGUAAAAGAAAAAAUUAAAGAACAAAUUCAGAGUCGACGGGAACGAAUCCAGUAUGAGCACAUACGUCAACAAAAGCUUCUUCAGGAUACAAUGCGACGAAUCGAACGGUAUAAAAACGUCCCAAAACCGUCAAAAUCAAAAUGCAAUCAGAAAGAAUUGGUGUUAACACCGGACUUGAUCAAGCUACGGAAAAAAUUGGAAUUGAAACGGUUGCAGGCGGCGGCCGCGGGAAAUUUUUGA